AUGACCGACAGGUGGAUCCAUCAUGUUGCGCUCCUGCUGUGCUUCUUCACCACAGCCCUCUCCAUCAACUACGAACAGCUUCAGCUCCAACAAAGCAGCAGCACUUCGGCAUGCCAGGAGCUCCUGAGGCAGCUGGAUCAAGAGCUCUGCCUCAACGACAGGCUGGACUUCAAGAUCCCUGUGGCGGUGAAGCACCCACAACAGAUGGAGAAGAGUUAUACUGCCUUCGCCAUUCAAGAGAUGCUCCGGAACAUCUUUCUUCUCUUCAAAAACGAUUUCUCCAGCACUGGAUGGAAUGAGACCAUCAUCGAAAGCCUCUUGGGUGAACUCAGCGUGCAGACAAGGUUUCUGGAGAAAAUUCUCAAAGAAAAGCAAGAGAAGGAAAAACCGGCUUGGGGGACCGCCCCAACUACUUCACGCUUGAAGAGCUAUUAUCGGAGGGUGCAAAAGUUCCUUGAAAACAAGAGGUACAGCCGCUGCGCCUGGAUGGUGGUCCGAGCAGAAAUCUCCAGGAACUUUUCCAUGAUUCAAGGACUGACUAAGAACUUUCAGAGCUGA